UAUAAUGAAAUUGAGCGACAAAUUCAAAUUCACACAAUGGAGUUAAGGAAAGAUCCGGUGUGGCUUGUCGGACGUCCAAUUUCUGCAGUUGAGGAGUCGAAGCUUCCAAGCAAUAGAGAGGCAUUGCAGCUUUACUUUUACUAUAACAAGAAUGGAAGAAAAUACGCGGCACGCAAGGCAUGCAACAUGAUUUCUGAUGUUUGGAAAACCUUUGGCAUUCCAACUCGACGAUCAGAUUAUCCCCUGAAGAUGUUGUUGCAGCUCCAUGAUAAAUGGAUUGGCUUGAGGAAGAGCAAAUGGAGAGAUGAAGAAGUUCAUAUUCAACAACCGACAAAUUUUGAUUUGAUUUUGAAUGAACUGUUCGAUAUUGGCCAGAAGGGCAAUUCAGUUCAUACUGCGGCUGUGAACAAUAUUCCAGAUAAACCAGCCGUUUUUAAUAACUCUGCAGCCGUUUUUAAUAACUCUGCAUUCGAGAGGAAUUUUGACAUGAGCUAUUUGGACAACAUAGAGACGGACCCAGAUUUUGAAGUCCCGGAAAAGAAAAAAAUGAAAACAUGCGUAAGUCAAGAUUUAAGUAUGGCACUCGAUCGCGGUGGCAUUUCGAACGCGAAAGCAACAAUGAUUAUUGCGGCGAUGGUUUUCAGUCUAGGCCAUCCGAUUGAAGAAUUGAAUCUCUCUGUUUCGACCAUUAGACGUGCUCGAAUGAAAAUUCGCAAAUGUGUUGCAAAUGAGAUGAAAGCAAGCUUCUCGUCAGAUGAUUAUUGGGUUGUGCAUUGGGAUGGGAAGCUUUUACCGGAUUUGACCGACGGUGGAUCAGGCCAGUUAGUUGACCGUCUUCCCGUAAUUAUUUCUGGAAAAGUAACAGAACAGCUGCUUGGAGCACCCAAGAUAGAAGCUGGAACUGGAGCAUCACAGGCAGAAGCCGUGUACAAGUGUUUAGUGGAUUGGGGCGUGCAAGACAAUGUGGUAGGAAAGUGCUUUGUUACUACAAGCUCGAAUACAGGACAUAAAGCCGGAGCAUGUACAUUGGUAGAACGAAAAUUAGGCAGACCUUUGAUGAACCUUGCAUGUCGCCAUCACGUAUUAGAACUCGUACUAAAAGCAGCAUUUGAAGAUCAAUUCGGUACAUCAACUAGCCCCCAAAUACCUAUGUUCGAGAAAUUCCGCCGGGAAUGGCAUGCACUUAACCACAGUGAACAUUCCUCAAUUGAAUUUUCUCGAAAUCAAGCAAAGCUAAUCAGCAACAGACAAGAAACUAUUUCGUUCUGCAAAAUGCAGCUGAAGAAUUUUCUACCCAGAGAUGAUUACAAGGAGUUACUGCAAUACGUUCAAUUACGUUACUCCAAUAAGUUCAUUCAAAAAACCAGGACCAGUACACAGAGCUAG